AUGCAAUUCUCAUCCAUCUUUGCUUCUUUGGCCCUUGCUGCAUCUGUCCUUGCUGACUCUGAAUCAUUUGGCUUGCUUUUGAUCAGAUCCGGUUCCAGUUACCAAUAUUCCUCCAUUGGAUUGGUCGACAACACUUUCGAGAUUUCAAGUGAUAACUACAUCUCUGCUACUAUCACUGACGAGGGUUUGUUGUCUAUUGGUGAUGGUAAAUACGCUGUUGUCUCUGACUCCGGUAUCACUGCAGGAACUGAAGGUUCUGCUUCUUUCUCCAUCGUUGAUGGUUACUUGGAAUACAACGGUGCUGGUUUCUCCUUGACUGAGGACUACGCCCUUCUUGCUGGUGGUUCUGGUCCAAACCCAGUUGCUGUCAGACCAACUCUUGCUGACGGUUCUACUGCAGCAGACUUCACACCAUCCAGUGGAUCAUCUGAUGAAUCAUCUGCCUCCACCUCCUCUGAGGAGACCGAGACUUCUUCCACCUUUGUCGUUCAGACCGACAACGGUGUUGCCAAGGUUGGUGCCAGUGUCGGUGCUGUUGCAUUCGCCGCUGCUGUUUUGAUCUAAUCACCAGUACUUUGAAUGAUACCCUUUAAUAGUUAAUU